CAUGUUUCAUACUAUUUGGAAUACUGUACGAUGCAGACGGUCUGGUUAUUGUCGCUCACAUCCCUUAUCCUAAUCCGCCUCAAGCUACAGCGGCUACAACCGAUCACACUCUGUCCUAUGCAUACCUUUCGUGUGUUGUCGAUCGUAUACCAAUGACUGGUGUCGAGCGACCUAAUUCACUGGGUGCAGAUAGCGAGUCACCGAUCCUUAGCAACUUCAAGGCUGCGUUGGCCCUCUUCGCACUUCAAAGACAUGCCUUCAUGAUGCUUACCCUAUGGGAAGGUGUUGCUAUACCUGCCUCCAUUAUGGAUUUUAUUGCUGCUUCUCGCUGGAGCGGAGAAGAAGCAGACGACGCUCAUGAAGAAGACGAAGACGAUGAUGAUGGUCAUGAUAGCUAUGGCGAUGAAGAUCACAGCGAUGACGACGACGACGAUAAAAGCAACAAUAAUUCUCACACUGACGACAACGACAACGUCGAUGGUUCUGCCGUUCCCAGUGACAAUAUCAACGAGUGCAGCGAGGACGAGACGGAUGAUGAUGUUAACAAUGAUGAGGGUAGAGGUAAACGUGCAAGUGAUAAGCACACGCAACAGAGCAAGGAUAUCUGGUCUAGAGAUCGAGGUGGCGAAGACGAAGACAACGAGAGUAAUGGGGACGUGGACAAAGAUGAUGGGGACGAUGGCCUUGAAGACAAUGAUAAUGCUGACGGAGAUGGUGUUUCCCAUGACGAGACAUGUGUGGAUGAAGGAAUUCGGGUGGGUCUCCUCGCAAGCGUAUCGCGACGAGAGCAGAUGCAGACUACCAUUCCUGAUUGGCUGAACCAGGUUGCAUUGGAGCACUAGUAAUGCGAUAUCAGGACCGAUCAUAACAGACUUUCUGAUUAGCAUGACGAUCCAUUGCUGGCCACUCACAAUUCAAGGAGUGUGUAGCAUAUAUAGUACCUGUAUCCCGAUGGAAUUGGAUUCGUCAUU